AUGGUCUCCUCGGAACCCACUGUCAAACGAUCCUCUUCCUCCCUACCAGAAGGUCCAGAUGCCCCUGAUGUAAAACGAACGAAACGCCCUUAUCACCAUCACCAUCGCCUACAAAGUCCGGUCGCCCCAGCGUUGCCGGAACCCGCUAUUGUCGACGAGGCCUGCAUCGACCAUGUCCUCAACCGAUCUAUUGGACAAUAUCUACAAGAAUGCGGAUUUGAUAUCGCCGACCCUGCAGCGCUGGACGCCUUUCGCAGGGUAACGGAGGAAUAUCUGCUGAGAUUCGCCUCGUAUGUGCGCCAAGCGAUGCUCUCCAGCCGGCGCAUACAACCUAUCCCCCAAGAUUUCGAAUAUGCCUUGAAAAGACAGUCCGUGCCGGUCAGCGACCUCCUUCCGCACGUAAAACGCCAUCCAAACAUCGAACCUAUCCCCACCCUUCUACCAAAUCCUCCGCCGGAAGAGGACUCGUUCAAGACUUUGCCCUCCUUAGGGCCACAGCUCAGCGGCGAAGACGAUCGCGCUCACAACGCCCAUAUCCCGAAACAUUUCCCCGACUUUCCCAGUAAACACACGUAUCGUCACACACCGGUUUUCACGGAACGAGAGCAAGAUCCGCGCGUCAUUCGAGAGCGAGCAACGGAGGAUGGUCGGCAUGGCGAGGAGGCGCUGCGCAAGUUGGCUCGUGCGGCGUUCAAAGACAACAAUUCUGGCUCAUCGGUCCGGGAUAAGAAGCAAUGGGGACGACGAGCAGAGAGUAUGGACGGAAUGUUUGAGAAGACUGUUAGAGCCCUCGCAAAGAAGAUACAGAAGCCCGGGACGGGCCCAGACUCUGCUGGCCCCAUGGAGAUCGACUCGGGAGCUGGUGCAGAUAAAGCCUCCCGCUCGAAGCUGGCGUUGAACAUAGAGCUGCCUCCUAUCAUCAACUGCGAGAGAGACCUUUGGCGACGAGCGCCUACAUCUGGGAGCCGACGAACGGAGGAAAACAAGCUAUCAAGUGCAAAGGAUACGCCCGAUAUGUCGAGGGUGGAUAGCUGGGUGAAUGCAUCAUGA